AUGGAUCCUCAAACUGCUCCUCUAGAAAUUAAUGAGAUGCAUGACCGUAAUGAUGAAUCUUUAAGAGCAUCUGAGAACGAGGGGAGAGUGGCAAAUGAGGGUGAGGGAGAACUGGGUGAAAUGAAGGAAGAGGAAAAGGCUAGUGCCUUGAAGUUCACUUGUGAUUUGUGUGAUGUUCCAGUAGAUAGGGAUGAGUUAGAUGCGCAUCUACAGGAGAAUCAUGCAGCAUUGCUCCAUUUAUGUGAUCACUAUCUUUCAGAUAUAAGAGAUGAAUUGGUUCAACUAGAUACCCAAACGGAAUACAUCAAAACACUUGCUGAGUUUGUGGAGGAGAGUGUUGUUUAUCUUGAUAAGGGACCUGAAGCGUUUGAUAUAGUUUUGCGUGCCACCAUGCAACUUGACAGAAUUAUGAGAGGUAUCUAUCCUGUUACCCAUACAUUUCUCUUCGGGAGUUGCGUCUCAUAUGGAUCCUGGGAUGGUGUAGGUGAUGCUGACUUUGUCAUUUUACAUCCUGCACAGCUGGAAGAAGGGAAAAACAUUCUUGAAGAUGAACGUAGAGCUGUUUUUGCUGCUACUAGAAAGUUGCGCGAUGUUGGUUUUCUCUUUGAAGAAUUGGAGCCAGUUGUCAGGGCAAGUGUACCUGUUGUUAGGCGGGUACAGAAGGAACGCCCACCCCUACAUAUUCCACAGUAUGACGAUAAAUUUAAGAUUAAGUACGAGUUUAAGCCUCAAAGGAAUGACAUCUUUCUUAAACGUCUCAUUCACAAGGUUCAAAAAAUGCAUGGUAUUGUUGAGGAAUCCGGAAAUUGUGAACUAACGGCCAGCUACAAGAGUGGACUAGACGCCGUUGCAGCGUUUAGACAAGCAAGGCGGGAUGAAUUGGAAAAUGUGACAUGGAGCUGGAGGACUGACUGCUGCCUGCCGGAGAUGUUCUUUCUUGACUUUGACGUCAGUUUCCGACCAUUCGGUCUGCGUAACAGCUGGCUCAUGCGUUUAUAUCUCAUGCAGAGCCCCGAAGUCCGUGCUGGUGCGGCCUUCCUGAAGAAGUGGAGCAAACGGUGCGGCAUCAACAACCCUAUAAAGGGAUUCCUCACCUCCUACGCCGUGAACGUUCUGUGGGUAUCCUAUCUGUUGCAUGUUGCUGCCGUGGAGUUUGUCGACCCAGCCUCCGUGCCGCUGUUACCGGAGAAAGCGAAUAACGUGACGUAUCUGCCGCUGUUGCCACUGCAGGACCCGUCGUAUUCAUCGUUGCGUCUUGGCGAGUUAUUGAUUGGCUUCUUCCACCACUACAGCAACUUUGCGUGGAAUGCACGUGUGGUGUCGCUGCGUGUGCCCGGCGGGUCUGUGUGCCGCUCUGAACUCAAGUGGACGAUUGAGUGGGAGGUGGUGGCGCCGCGGCCGCGGGAUCGCGUGUGGUAUCGUCUGUGUGUGGAGGACCCGUACGAGGCGGACCGCAAUCUCGGCCGGCAUCUCUCGCCGGCGAAGGCCGCCUUUGUCCACGCGCAGUUCCCUCGCGCCCUCCAACACGUCCGCCGCGGGACGCCGGAAAAACUUCUCGUCGACGUUCGUCGCAACGCCGCGGCAGCCCUCUCCGCGAUCGUCCACCGCGCGGUCUACGGCGAAGGCGUCGAGACGAUGCCGCUCGCAGACGCCCACAACUUCUUCACCGCCCGUGUCAAUGCGGCUGGGGGUUUCGAUGGCCCCAGUGAUGGGGAGGAGCUGCUUGGUUACUACGAGGUCUCCCGUUCACUGCGCUCGCUCUGCAAUGAGCUCGAGGCAGUUGCAGAGGCCAGGACGUUGACGAGGCGUCUGAGAAAACCGAGGACGAGGGUCAGAAGGAGGAAUCGGCACAGGACAAAGCAUGACGAAACAACGAAUGGCGGCGGUGGGAAAGAGAUAGAACAGACUGACACAGAAGCAACAGAGAUGAAAGCAACACAUGCGACGGAAUCCAAACUACAAGAAGAGAAUGAGACAGCAAGUGAACUGAAGACAAGUACCGGAAGCGAAAGCAAGGAUAGGGAGAAAGAUGAUAAUAAGGAAAUCGACGAUAAGGAAGACGACGUUAACGAAGCCAAACCUGACGAUGAUGACGGAAACAAGAGCCUGAGUAAGAAGGCAAAACACAGAGACAUGAAAGACACUGUUAAGGAGAAUAAUAAUAACAACAACGAGGAGAAGGCUUGCAAUGACGAGGACAUCAUAAAUCAAGCCGAUGAUACCAACAGAAAGGAGAGUGAGGACAGGGACAAUGAUGAUAAUAAGAAAAGCAACGACAAGGAAGACGACAUAAAUGAGGACAACCAUGAUGAUGAUGACGGAAACAAGAGCCUGAGUAAGAAGGCAAAACACAGAGACAUGAAAGACACUGUUAAGGAGAAUAAUAAUAACAACAACGAGGAGAAGGCUUGCAAUGACGAGGACAUCAUGAAUCAAGCCGAUGAUACCAACAGAAAGGAGAGUGAGGACAGGGACAAUGAUGAUGAUAAGAAAAGCAACGACAAGGAAGACGACAUAAAUGAGGACAACCAUGAUGAUGAUGGUGAUGAUGAUGAUCAUGAUGAUGGGAAAAGUGAUAAUGAUGAUAAAGAAAGAAUUUUGCUAUCGCUACACGCAUGCUUUCUCGAAACUGAAGAGAAAAUGCGUUUGGCAGGACGUCUUGGCAUUCCUGCUGAUGAUGUCCCUGGAGCAGUGCGGGGUGCAUAUUUCUUUGCUUAUGACCGAGCCUUCUACACUCUGGAAGAGAAGGAAACUUUUGAGCGGCAUGCGGAUGCUAUUCUGCAGGUUUUUUCAGACAGCUCUAAAACAAAUGAGAAUGUGUAUAUGGCACUGCAGAGACAAAUACCAACAGUAUUACGGGAUGAUGCACUGAUUCUUGAGCUUCUCGAUGCCCACAGCAAACACGAAUUGUUGGCUAUCGACAAGAAAAAAGCGCCACUACAACCCGUUGUUCGCAGCAAGCCAACUGAUGUGAAGAAGGCUAGACAUUCCACAAGAGUACAACGUGCAUCGCAUUACUCGGAUGGUGUCUGCAGCGAAUGCAAUAGAAAGGAUGUGCGCGUAUGGCCUACAACUGAUCGAGUCCAUGAUCCCGGUAUGUACUGUGAUUCUUGUUGGAGAGUUUACGAAAAUAGUGGAUAG